AAGAAACAGGGGGAGGCAAAACCUGCCCCCAAGGCUCCUUGGGCAUUUGGACAAGAAUUUCUUUCGAUGCCUUGAAUGCUACCAGAGGGGAGCUGGGUUUUCCCCCCAUUUCAGCCAGCCACCUCUCCCUUGGCGCCUUUUUCCACUGCAGGAUGUUGCCUGGGGUCCUCCUGCUGGGUUUUGCAUCCCUCCCGUGGGUUUGGGGCUCUCAGAGAUGCCAAUGCCGCUGCACCUGCCUCCCGGAGCCCGCGGAAAAGGCCCUGCAGGUGUCACCACGCAGGCAGAGCCGGCACCUGCGGCACAGCCACCCACUUAGGCAGAGGCACAGGCUGAGAGGUUCAAGGUCUCGCUCCGAGGAAUUCUUGCCGCAGAUCCUUGAUCACCCAUCUGACCUCGUGGUUCGCUGGGACCAGCCGGCCACCCUGCGUUGCCGUGCUGCUGGGAACCCAGUGCCCACGAUUGAGUGGUAUCGCAAUGGGGAAUAUGUGAAAACCAACAAAGAUGAUGCCACCUCCCAGCGCACUCUCCUGCUAGAUGGGUCCCUCUUCUUCCUUCGCCUCAGCCAGAAGAAAGGAAAAUCGGAUGAAGGGAUAUACAGCUGCCUGGCCAGAAACCAUCUUGGUACAGCUGUGAGUAAGAAUGCUUCACUUUAUGUAGAAGCUCUUCAAGAAGAGUUUCGGCUUCAUCCCAGUGACUUGAUGGUAACAAGUGGAGAACGUUUCACACUAGAAUGUAUUCCCCCAAAAGGACAUCCUGAGCCAGUCAUCUCAUGGAAGAAGAAUGGAGUGCCAAUAAAUGUGGAAAGUGGCCACUAUGAGGUCACCAAAGGAAGGCUUCUGGUAUCCCAUGCUCUGAGGAGUGAUUCGGGAACAUACAUUUGUAUGGCCAGCAACCAAGCAGGGGAGAGAGCGAGCAGAGAAGCUGUGGUGUCUGUCUGGGAGAAGCCAACAUUCAGCCGACGACCUAAUGAUGUUCAAGCUAAACCUGGCAGCACUGUGCAGUUCAUGUGUGGAAUCCAUGGAGACCCAACCCCAGUGGUGCAAUGGUACAAGGAGGACGGAGAGAUGCCUGCAGGAAGGUAUGAAGUCAACCAAGAAAACAUCCUUCAGAUUCAUGAUGUGACCAUAAAUGAUGCAGGCAAAUACAUCUGCACUGCUCAUAAUGAUGCAGGAACUAUCUCUUCCAAAGCAACUUUAACUAUUGAGGAUCCACUGGACACUGGUCAGAGGGAGCAGGAUGCAUCAGAAGUUGCCCCGAAGGAACUAAUGAGUGCCAGAGUUUACCUCAUUAAUGUCACUGCCGUCCCUUCUGCUCCGGCAGCUCAUCUACACUGGAAGCUCAUCCCUACCAGCCAGACCAAGAAUGUAGAAAGUUUUGUGGUCUUCUACCGCUCUCUGCUGCCUGUGGUCACAGACUGGGAUGAAUGGAAUGUGCCAAGAGACCACCGUACUAUUAUUGCAGGACUUGAGAGAGGCUAUACCUAUGAAUUCAAGGUGCGACCAUAUUCAGAGAAAGGCCGUGGCUUGGACAGCAAUAUGAGACACCUCUGGAUCCCAGAAGAAGUGCCAAGUGGUGCUCCUCAAAGCAUCAGCAUAACUACAUUUCAAGAUGGCAAUGGGACGGUGAUAAUCCACUGGGCACCUCCUCCACAUGAAACACACAAUGGCAUCAUUAAAGCUUACCAGGUCUGGGUCUUGGGCAAUGAAACUCAUCAUGGAUUCAAUAAGACAGUCGAUGCAGGAAUGCAUAGCCUGGAAGCAACAGGACUGAUUAACAGACUGAAAUACUGUGUCCAGGUAGCAGCAGUCAACGGAGCUGGAAUUGGCAUGGCUAGUAAUCCAGUAUGCAGUGCUGCAGAAUCUUCAGUGGGGAAGAUGGCAAAGACCUCAGACUCCUUGGCCAGCAAUUACAUCUUGGAAGUGGUGCGCCAGCCUGUCUUCAUUGCCAGCAUGGGCUCGGCCCUCUGGAUCAUGCUGAUGGUGCUGGCUGUUUACGUUUGCCAACAGGAAGCCAGGCAAUACAGCACAGGGCGGCAGUAUGCCCUUGGCGAAGGAUUGUAUAGGAAUGCAAGUGAUGACACCAUCAUCAAACACAGAGUGGAUUCCAGUGAUUCUCCCUGGCUUUCAAACACCUGGAAAUCAACAACAGGUUCUAAGAAUUACAGCACCAGCAGCAGCUUGAGUAGCCAGCUUCUGUGGACAGAGCCCAAAGACAGCCAGGAAUUGCACAAAUCUACAAUAUCCUUUGACAGGCAGAGCCAAGCUUCUCACAGCCAGACAGUCCCUUUGGUGCCUGACAGCAGGAACAGCAGCUUGUAUGGAGCCCUGUAUGUGGAUCUUCCAUCAAAGGACCCAAAGACCUUCUAUGGUACUUCGCUGCCACCUCCCCUUUCCAACUCCAGCCUGCAUACUAUGGAAGCAACACAAGCUGCUGACCACAGCCUCACAGCACUUUGUGCCCCAAACCUGGGGGUGAAUAACACCAGUGUCAGAGGAAGAGCUCAAAAAGAGCCCUGGAAGAUGACAGCUCGCCUGUCCCCAAAUCUCAUAAUCCAGGGAUCCUGGGAUAAAUACAGUAAGAAAGAGCUGCAGCAAGCGCAUAGCACUCCCAUGCCGCUGCCCAGCUUCUCAAGAGACUGGAACCAACAUGGCACCCAGGGCAGCAGUCCCAGCUCAAGAAAGCAACCAAGACUCCAUGGGGAAACAAAAAAGGCGGUGAAAAAAAACCACAGCUCCCCAAGGUUUUUGCAGCACAGUACUUCAAAGAACUUUGCUGGUUUGCUGUUGCCACCACCGCCACCCAUUCCUCCAGGCUUUCAAGCUCCUCAAGAUCACAACACCCUGCAAGAAUGUACCUGCACUUGCUACUUGGAUCCUGACCUGGAUCGGGCAUCCCAGCACCAGGACAAAGACUCCCAGCAAGCGGCCAGUGAGUCUCUGGAAGGAAGCCAGACCAUCCCCACGCUGCCAUACAGCCACCUUUCUGCAGCCUCCAUCUCUCUAUCACUUGAGGAAGACAGGGAAACAGUCCUCACCCCAGAAGAUGUGGCAGAGUACCUGGAGCUCAGCGAAGAAGCAGAACAUCACAGGCAGCACAACGAUGGCAUGUCUGCUACUGCCCCUACCUUCGCUUCACCUGAUACCUAUGGCUAUAUUUGCAGCCCACUGGCCUCAGAGCUGCUUGAAAAUGAUGAUGACGAUCCCAACAUGGAGAGCGGUGGAGGCCGCACCACCAAGUUCUUCCGUGGUUUCUGCCGAACGCCUUCUUCCAGCCUGAGUGAAGACGAGACCUCGCUGGGUGGCUCCCUCGUGAAUGGAUGGGGCUCUGUCUCGGAGGAUAACGGCACCAGCACCCGCUGCAGCCUGAUCAGCUCUUCCGAUGGCUCCUUUCUCAUGGAUGCCAGUUUUGCCCAGGCUCUGGCUGUGGCAGUCGAUAGUUUCUGUUUUGGGCUGACUCAGAGAGAUGUUGACAAGGCAUUGACAGGGACCUGUGUGUCGGACUUGAUCAACUAUCCAGCCACAGUAUCUGGUGCCACUCAGCCGUCUCCAGCAAAUAUCCAGGACCGUGGGUCAGAAACCUUUCCCAUUGUGAACGGAAGCAAGGACCAAGCAAUGGAAUGAUUCAGUGUGCAAAAUAAAGGGCUAGGAAGCAAACAUUGAAAAGUAUGGCAGUGAUUAAAAAGUAGUGAUGGUGUGCAAAAAACAAAGCCAAUUGUGCCCUAGGCACGCUUCUUCCAGGGAUUUGCUUGGUUGAGCCAACCAGGAUCUAGACUGUGAAUAUUUCCUGUUAUCCUGCCAUCAAUCAAGGAGCCUCAUUAGAUUGCAUUCCUUUUUUCCAAUUACAAAGGACUUCUGUGGAUGGCUCUGGGCCAGGAAGGGGAAGGACCUGUUUUCCAACUGAUUCUCUGCCCAUCAGCAAAGUGAACUCCUCAGAACUGCAAAUGAACUCUUCUGUUGUGAUUGCCUUAUUGCAGGGAAAAGAAAAACAGCUUUUCUCUCUUAUUCUGCCCUAACCUUGUUUGUAGUCCCUGCAAGAGAAGGAACAUGCCUAUAUCACUUUCUACUAGAUAGCUUCAUGACUAAUUCAGACUAUAUUACACAGCCAGUCUGCCCGAACCUAGAAGUAAGCUGCUCUGAACAUGAGGGACGUUGGGUGUUUCCAAAUUAUGUUUUGCUGGGCAUGCCCAGAUGUCAUCAUCUUCAUUCCUAUGUUUUUCCAUCACUGCUUCCAUGAAGAAAAAAUUCAAUUAAUGGGGAAAGAACAGCUAGCUGCUGAUGCCUUCUGACUUGGAGCACUAUACAUUCUUGAGUUUCAACAGCGUUUCUCAACCUCGGGGGAUCACAAGAGGGUUUUAGAGGGGUUGCCAAAGACCAUCAGAAAACAUAUAUUUCUGAUGGUCUUAGGAACCCCUUUGGCAGAAAAGGCUGAAGAGCUCUCAGCCUGUCCUCAUUAAUUAACUGAUAUACAGUUUGGCUCACUUGCUUGAGCAACCCAACCUACCAAAAGCCCUCCUCUGUUGUGAUUGGAUGGCCUCAAAGCCAAGGGGAGGGGUGAGCAGGUGUGCUUGGCACAUGGCAGUGUGGUGUGCAUGUGUAGGCAAGGGAGAGCAUGUGAGGUUGGAGGGAGGCUCACGCCAGCAAGUCCCUUCAAGUCAUGGGGUUCAGAAUGCUCUUUGAUUAUAGGUGAACUAAAAAUCCCAGCAACUACAACUCCCAAAUGUCAAGGUCUAUUUUCCCCAAACUCCACCAGUGUUCACAUUUGGGCAUAUUGAGUAUUCGUGCCAAGUUUGGUCCAGAUCCAUCAUUGUUUGAGUCCACAGUGCUCUCUGGAUGUAGGUGAACUACAACUCCAAAACUCAAGGUCAAUGCCCACCAAACCCUCCCAGUAUUGUCUCUUGGUCAUGGAAGUUCUGUGUGCCAAGUUUGGUUC